UGCACAGUUUAGGUUCCACUGCUUAUUUCAAUCCAUGCAUUUCUCUUUCAUCUAUUACUAGAAUUUAUCCGGAGAGUGGAGCUGUCCAUAGAACACUGACAACCGCCAAGAUCUUCUAGAUACUCACAGACACAGACACAGCGAACACCCAACAGCAUCCUUUGAGAUAACCAGACAUCAUCAAGAUGGGAUCAGAUCCAAAAGCCCCUACAAUCCCAUGGAUGCGUCUCGGAGAGCUCAACCCAGAGUCAUCUCUCACACCACCUCCCGCACCCUUCCCAGCAAGUAACAGUCCAGCCGAGAACGCAAGACAACGGUUCGCCGUGAGUGGGAACGCCGUCUUCACCGGCGGUGCCGGCACCCUCGCACUCACCUCCGCGCGCGCACUCCUCGAGCACGGCCUCGAAGGCCUCGCCCUCCUCGACCUGCCAGCCAGCCUCACAAAAAGCAAAGACUACAUAGCCUCCCUAGAACACGACUUUCCCAACUCCAAAUUUAUUUCCAUCCCAUGCGACGUAACCAUCGAAUCCGAAGUCCAAUCCGCAAUCCAAACCGCAACCACCCACCUCGGCAACCUCAAAAUCCUCUGCUGCUUCGCUGGCAUCGUCAACUGCGUCCCUUCCAUCGAGAUGUCCCUCGAGGACUAUAAACGGAUGCAAGAUGUCAAUACAACAGGUGCUUGGAUCGCCGCGCAGACUGUCGCUAGACAAAUGAUCCGCACCCACACCCCCGGCAAAAUCCUCCUCGUCUCCUCGAUCAGCGGCCACAGGGUAAACUACCCCCAACCCCAACUAGCCUACAACAUCUCCAAAGCGGCUCUCCUAAACAUGAAGAGCUGUCUCGCCGCGGAAUGGGCCCCGUAUGGAAUCCACGUGAAUUCCAUCUCGCCCGGGUAUAUGGAUACGGUGUUGAAUGAGGGGGAGGGACUAGCUGGACAUCGGGGCGUAUGGGCGGAUCGGAACCCGAUGAGGAGGAUGGGGCAGCCGUGUGAGUUGACGGGACCGGUGGUCUUGCUUUGUAGUGAUUUUGGGGGGAGUUAUUUAAAUGGAGUGGAUGUUGUUGUUGAUGGUGGGGGGUUGGUGUUUUGAGCUGGG